UACAAUGUCUGGUAUGCCGAAUGUUGUUGGUGCAGUUGACGGUACGUUGAUACCAAUAAUUAGACCGAGUGAGGACGAGCAGAUUUUUGUAUGUAGGAAAAAUUUUCACAGCUUGAAUGUGCAAGCCAUUUGUGAUGCCAAAAUGAAAGGAUUCAUACGUUCAAAUACCAAUGACAGCUUCAUAAUGCAGAAUUGCUCUUUAAAUGAAAAAUUCGAGAACAAGCAGGUAGAUGUCUGGCUUUUGGGUGAUUCAGGGUAUCCCCUUAAACCAUGGCUGUUAACACCCUCCAUAAAUCCAUCAUCAAAUGGAGAAGAAAAAUACAACAGAUGUCAUAAAAGUACCAGGAAUGUAAUUGAGAGAGCCUUUGGACUUCUGAAAUCCAGGUUUAGGUAUAAAAUUGUUAACAUGUACAUCCUGUGGUACUACUUGUACAAGUAAUAAGAAGAUAUGAUGACUUUUUUUACUUAUAUAAGUAUACAAAAUCUGAAUGUCUAAGGGACAUAACUAAGUCAAAAAAUAAUUUACCUAUAUAUACAAGUUAAUAAAAAACACUUG